CCGCAGGUUCGUCGUUCAUACUCAAAACGCGCCCGCAUCAAAACACGUAGUGUUCUGCGACAAAAGACUUGCGCAUAAAUCUACGCAGCUCUAUCUGCAAUAUCUGGACUGUUGAAUCUAAGAUGGACUACCAAAACCGCGCCGGCUCCAAAUUCGGCGGCGGCGGCGUCGCCUCGCAAAGCGCAACCAAUGCUGACCGACGCGAGCGACUCAAGAAGCUCGCCCUCGAGACAAUCGACCUAGACAAGGAUCCUUACUUCUUCAAGAAUCACGUCGGCUCUUUUGAAUGCCGGCUUUGCCUAACGGUACACCAAAACGAUGGCUCCUACCUAGCCCAUACCCAAGGCAAGAAGCAUCAAACCAACCUCGCGCGCCGCGCCGCCAAAGAGCAGAAGGAAGGGAAGUCACAGAUCGACGAAAGGACGGGCUUGCCUGUGGGCGUGGUCGGUGCUGGGUUUGGCGCGUUAGGAUUGGGAGGCGUGAGGAGGAACGUGGUCAAGAUCGGACGGCCAGGGUACAAAAUCACCAAGGUGCGCGACCCGGUCACACGGCAACAAGGAUUGCUGUUCCAGUUGCAAUACCCGGAGAUAUCACACGACGUCACCCCUAAAGUGCGCUUCAUGAGCGCAUUUGAGCAGCGCGUCGACGACCCGCCAGACAAGGAUUACCAAUACAUGCUGGUUGCGGCCGAACCGUACGAGACGUGCGGGUUCAAGCUGCAGGCGCGAGAAAUCGACCGCAGUGGGGAGCGGUAUUGGACGUGGUGGGAUAAGGAUCUGAAGGAGUUCUGGGUGCAGGUCAUGUUCAUGACGGAGAGAGAGGAGAGAUAUGCCGGCGUGCCUGGAUUGCCAGGGCGGAGAUAGUGUCGUCAGUCGUGAUAUGGAUACUGGAUGUUGGCCACUGAGUUGGCCACUGAGUUGGGAUCACUUGGCCGGACAAAUACCUCGACCACAGCUGCGAAGAUAACCACGGACGCCACUGGCCCGGAUUGGCAAUGCGUUUGCCACAGCGAUGAAGACCAAAUCUGAGCACUGUCGCCUAAUUUGUGAGUAGACAGGCGAUACCAUUUCGCAAGGGUCAGCUCUAACAUCUUCUUGAGGCAGCACGAAUACUUAUGUAACAAUAUCAUCCCAAGGACAUAUCAUCUGCUCGCCAAUGUUGAUUUUCGUGAAGUUUGCCCUGUCAAAGAGAAAGAGGGAAAUGCAUCUCGUCAUUGGUUCUUCACGUCUUUUCCAUGUUCGUCUUAAUGCUGUUAAAAUUAAUCUUGUCUGCUUUACCGAAUGAAUCCACCAUGCAGUAGCAUUCUAGGCAUUUCGUUCCUG